AGAUUUUGAACAGGAGUUGUUUACAUGGGACAAGCAAGAGGCAGCUGUCAGCGGCGGACGGCAGGACUCGUCAAGCUCUAAGAGGCCGAUAUUACAGGCUACAGCUGCACACAGCCGGACCUACUGGACAGCUGCGACCUCAACCGCGGGCAGGGCAAGAAUUAGAGAUGAUGUCGAGGUCGCUGAGGGCGGAGACGCGGUCUAGGGGCAAGGAGGAGACGAAGCGCUCCAUGCAAGCCUUGGAUAAAGUCCGCAGAUGGGAGAAGAAGUGGAUAACCAUUCAUGAUACUACAAUGAAGAUCUACAAGUGGGUUCCUAUUGUCACAGAUGAACGAAAGAAGAAGAGUGGAAGCAGCGCAAACAAAGAAAAUCGUAUGUGCAGCCGAGACAGCAGCAUGUCAGCAUUUCAGAUGGGAGGGGAUGAUUCCAAUACAGCCAUGUCGAUGAUGAGCGACUCGCAGGAUGCCACCGACUUCUCGUCCACCCAAUUCAACAUCUCGGAAGACUCCAAUUCUGAACCACCAUUUAAAAAGAAGUUGUUGGAAGGUUGAGGGAAAGUUCCUUCAUUAGUCACUGAAAAAGAAACAACAAAAAGUGUAUCACUAGACAGUGUUGGAACUAGAAAAGGGAAACUCUGUAUUGCAAGGCACUAAAAUUCCAGCUGAAUACUGUAUGUGGAACUGUAGCAGUAGUGGCUAUUUUCCCUGUUUGUUUUUUUAAGUUACAUGUAACAGUAUUUAGCUAUGUUUAGAUCUUUUCUAAUGACAAUAAAAACCACUCACCUAAUUUUUAAACUAUGGGAAUGGUCAUGCUUGGUGUCCACUGAAUGCACAAACAAAUUAUUUAAAUUAUUGUUCUUAUGAAAUCAUAUAUCUGUGUGGAAAUGGAAAUAUACAAAAAUAGUGCAACUCCCUAUUGUCCUAGUGAUGUCUACAUGGUGGAUCAUCACGUGAUCUUCUAUUCAAUGCAUACAACAAUUUUAUUCAUAUGAAAUAAGAGAGAUUUAAAAUGAAGAACACAAAAUGACAGUACAUUACUGUAUCUACCCGUGUCUAGGCCUAAUGAAGGGUGUGAUUUCACUCUUGAGAUUUUAUUUUGGCACUAUAGUACUGUAGUUUUCAUGAUAUGAGAGGCUAGAGUGGGAAGCACAUGUACCUCUCAUCACUGUGGUAGAGGUAUGUAAAGUGGGAAGCACAUGUACCUCUCAUCACUGUGGUAGAGGUAUGUAAAGUGGGAAGCACAUGUACCUCUCAUCACUGUGGUAGAGGUAUGUAAAGUGGGAAGCACAUGUACCUCUCAUCACUGUGGUAGAGGUAUUUAAAGUGGGAAGCACAUGUACCUCUCAUCACUGUGGUAGAGGUAUGUAAAGUGGGAAGCGGUGGUCUUCAGUGACUGCUGGACAACACCAUGACACUAGUGAGUACCUCGGUAUUCAACUGGCACUGCACAAAUUAAAAUGUGUGUGUGUGUUGCAACCCGUGACUUGCACAGGAAUUGUUCACAUGAGACGAGCCAUUAUUGAAGGGUUUUAGGCCGAGGUAUUCCACUUUAGGGUGAAAGAGUAACUUAUUAGUUUCUGUGAUUACUAAUGUUCUGGUCCAGUAUUUUGAAAUCUCUGUAGCACAUGCUUUUAAAGUCUAAAAAUCUGCCUUGUAUCCAUUAUGAUUUGUUGUGCUCUUGUUAGUACUAUAUAGGUUCACUUUGUGCUUGCCAUGGGUUACAUUUGUUUAAUCCUCGACCAUUUCAGAAUGGCUAAUAUCUUUCACUUGCCGUGAAGUAGUAUAUUCUGUCACAAAAAAAAUGUUGUAACCAUAAAUAAAAAUAAAAUAAAAA